AGCCGGGCCCCGCAAACCUCCGGCCCGCGGCGGCCCCGGGCGUAUGUCUGGCAGCUGCCGGCCGCGUCCCACGGCGCUCCCAGCCCGGCGCCGGCCGGUCGGGAAGGUGGUGUUCCCCUGCCGCCUCCUUUGCAGUCCCAAGGUGUCUGGAUCGCUCCAUCGCUCACUGCGGCCUAAAAUAGUCGUCAGGGGGUGGUUUACUCUGGGUACAGUGCGGCAUUGCUGUGAUUCGGGGGCUGUUGGGGACCAGGCAGCAGCUGGGUGUGAGCGAGUGUUCGCCGUGCUGGGGAGGGCCCUGCGUGGGCGAAGCAGGAGCGGAGAACAAUCGCAGGACACUGACCCUGGCCUGUCUGUGCACCGUCCGCGAGGAUUUUUUGCUUAGGUUUCCUUACCGAUGACCAUGCUGAUCUGUCUUUUCAGACAGGUCUGAGAGAUAUCCUUCAGGACUACAACAGGAAAAGACAACUGAAAUCUGGUAGCACCUUGCCUGUCUCUCUGACUGGAAUGAAAAGCAACAUGUUCACUGUGAAGAGACCUUUCAGCACUUCACACUCAUCAGUGGAUUUAAAGGAAAUGAAAAAAUUCCAGCUCCUUGCACAUAAGUGGUGGGAUGAAGAAGGAGAAUAUGCAGCCCUUCAUUCUAUGAAUGAUAUUAGAGUGCCAUUUAUUAGAGAUACUCUGUUGAGCAUGAGUAGUAAUUAUCAUCUGGGAAAUCCACUUUCUGGAAUCAAGAUUCUUGACGUGGGCUGUGGAGGAGGACUGCUGAGUGAGCCUUUAGGUAGACUGGGAGCUUCAGUUACUGGAAUUGAUCCUGUGGAGGACAACAUUAGAACAGCAGAUCGGCACAAGUCAUUUGAUCCAGUCCUGGCCAAGAGAAUACAGUACAAGUCCAGUUCACUGGAGGAGAUUGUGGAAGAGUCUAUGGAAACCUUUGAUGUAAUUGUAGCUUCUGAAGUAGUGGAGCAUGUGGCUGACCUUGAAACGUUUAUCAAGUGUUGCUCUCAGGUGUUAAAGCCUGAAGGUUCUUUAUUCAUUACGACAAUCAAUAAAACACAGUUGUCCUAUGUCCUGGGAAUUGUGGUUGCAGAAAAAAUAAUGGGGAUUGUACCAGAAGGAACACAUGAAUGGGAGAAAUUUGUUCCCCCUGAAGAGCUGGAGCGCCUCCUGGAAUCAAAUGGCUUUUCAGUCAAGAGCAUGAAAGGGAUGUUGUAUAAUCCGCUCUCGGGCUCCUGGAGCUGGGUGGAGAGCACGAGCCUGAACUACGCAGUGCACGCAGUCAAGGCUGGGGCUCCGGCACAGUCACACGCCACAGACACCCUGCCAGAGACAGACGUUCAACAGCGCUCGGCCACAGCUGGCACAGCUGGCACUGUCCCAGACAGCGCUGUCUGACUGUGUGGUGAUGGACUGUCACCAGAACAGAAAAUGAGCUUUUACUCAGAUGGACACAAUAAAACCUCUGCCAACAACAAGCUUUCCUGUUUGCAUCAAUAAUACACGCGCUAUUUUUGGCCAAAUACUUAGGGCGGUCUCAAAAAAAUCAAGUGCCCACUAUCUCAGGAAUCUUUUAAGAUUGAAAUGAGCAAAGCUUUUAAAGAAUAAGUAUUUUAAUGAGAAAGUAGUUUCAGAUUGUUGGACAGGGAAGUGCAAAUUAUUCUGUUGGUAGCUUGGAGGGAGCUUUAUUAUGUGGUGGUGUUUUCAGUCCUGCUGGGACUCAGAUCUCCAUCGAAUAAUGGCAUAGAUGUGGACUGAAUUAAAAACCACAAUGCUGUACAAUAAAUAAAAUGCCUUAAGUAUUCAAGAUACUCAACUCAGUAAAAAUACAUGAAACACUUAAGGUCUACAAAGACUUUUUUCUGUAAUACACCUUUCUCCCUGAGCAGGAGAAACAAAAUAGCAAACGUUUACUGUUGAGUCCUGCUGUUUCUGUAACUGUGCAAUGGAAGAAGAGUCUCUGAGAUCAGAGCACCUCAGCUGUCAAAGCCCCUUCACCAAAAUGAUACUUGUAUCUAUGUCUAUUUUUCAACUUUCUCCAUCUGCCCGAAUAAGGAGAAACUGCAGGUAAAAGUUUACUAAGCAGCUAGAGCUCCAUGCUAGAAAAAUGACAGAUUAGCAGUCUGUCCUAUAACUGAGGUGCCAUACCUAUUCUUAAUGUUCUAGAGCCCAGGUAAGGAAAAGUCAUUUACAAUGAAACAGAACUUUCUAAAUAAAGUGUCACACAUGUGUGUGUCUAUGACUGCA